CCCCCGGAUAAAUAUGUAAAUCCUAUCCUAUCCUAACCAGAGAUGUUUAUAUUCCACAAUUUAGAUAUUGGAAAAGCUUCUUCUACGCUGAGCUGUGAUUUACGAUCGCGGUUUGUUACUGUAGAUUUCGACUGAAAUCGUUUAAAGUACGUCUCAACACUUGUACCUGUGUGCCUUUUGGCCUCUUCCUCUCGAAGUCUUCUCUUUUCUGCCUCAAAAUCUUUUGGGUAGUAGAUUUCAAGUUAUUUUUUUCAAUUCGAGGUAGUGAACGAUUUUGAGAAUUUCCCCCCUCCUGGACAUGAUGUCACCACACAGCUCGCAUUUACACUUUACAUUCAUCUUCUUUUACAACUUCAAAGAAUUUCCAUACCAUACUACGCGAUGAACCAGCCAUUCUCGUCAAUCACUGAGAACAAAUGCCUUUGAACCAGGAGAGCGGCGAAUAGACAUGUUUUAGCAGGCACUGAGAGAUUCGUUUUACGUACCGUACCGCGCCACCGCAAAUUUAAUUCGUUCUCAUUGCAGCUUGGUGUUUGGACGAUAUAUGGGGAUUUACCGUUUGGUGGUUUUAGGAAGACGACUAACUUAGGAUAAUAUUGACGUUCGGCGAAUGCUGUCCACACGAGAUCGCGAAAGAUGUUUGUUUGGGGGGCGGCUAACUACAAUGGCGAGAAAUAUAUAAACUGUAAUUGAAUGACUCAUUUGACUGAUGAGUCUCCCUAUAGUUUGUGUUCGACUAUCUAGUUUCAGAAUUUUGUUAAAGAAAGGUUUAUGCACAGAUGCCACGGUGAAGUAAAAACUGUUGCCUGAUAUUUUUACACCCAACAGCCUUUAUGUCUGUUAUAUACAGAUAUACUGUAUACUGUAAAGGUUCUUGCAUAUGGCUUUUUAAGAUUCUGCAACCAGCUGACAUUAUUUAUUUGUGUUCUUUUUGAUUAUGAUCCGGCAUCCAAUUAAUUUUUUUUCUGUAUUGUCUACAGACUUAUGCUAUUCACUUAUUUAGGGAAAACAUUCUUAGUUUGUGUCAUGCUUUGAGUUCAAAAUGAUUCUGCAAACAAUGUGUGUGUGGUUGUUAUUGGUUUCUAAAAUUGUCUAUGCAACACAUGAAGAUUUUACUGAUACAAGUAUCCAGUCACAUUUUGCAACUAAAACAACUUAUGCACAUAGGAUAUCCAUUGAGAAUUCUUUGCCAUGGAUCCAGGCAAAUAUCCCAACGCACUUGAGGCCAGUACUCAUUGAUGCUACAUUGCGGCAUGGAACACGUUUUCCAAGUGUCAAGCUCAUGAAAAUUUUCAAAGUUGCUGGUGUCAAAUACCAGAAAAUCAUAGAAAAGUCCAUUGAUCUUAAACUUUCAAAUUCGGCAAGAAAUUCUAUAUUAAGAUGGAAAAAUCAAUUUGAAGAACAUUCCAAUUACCUUUUAUCAUCACUUGGCUGGAAUGAGCAAAUCACGCUCGGUUUCAAAUAUUUUUUAAUGAUGCCAGAACUUUGGCAUAAAGUCUUGGCAAAACAUGGUUCACAAAAUCAAAGAGAUUUAAUGAUAAUGACAAGCAGCAAAGUGAGGGUUUUAGCUACUGCUAAAGCGUUUUUAAAUGCUAUUAGACUUGCUAACAAUAAUGGAACGAGUAAUUCUAAUCACCAAAGUAUACAAUACAAAGAAGAAAAAGUUUUGUCUGAAAACAAUCAGAAAGAUGAGCAUGAUUCUAUUAGAUAUGCAAAUAUUUCAGUUCGAAUCGAAGAUGGUCUCCUGCGUUUUUUUGAUCAGUGUCAAAAAUAUGUUCAUACAGUGAACAAAAAUGAAACUGCCGAGCAUGAAUUUCAAAGCUACUUUAAAUCUAAGCAAAUGAAUGAAGUACUUGAUGAUAUUUCUGGCAUAGAAGAUAGAAAAGAACUUUACCAUAUUUAUCAAUUGUGUGCUUUUGAGAUGGCUAUUUAUGGAAAUUCUGUCUGGUGCCAGCUCUUCAAUAACAAAGAUAUUCCAGUGUUGGAAUAUGCAUCAGAUUUGAAGCAUUAUUACAAAACAGGUCAUGGAUAUGCAGUCAAUGUUGAGCAAUCUUGCAUAUUACUCCAAAACAUAACAGAUAGAAUAGCCCAGAGAGUGCCUGGUAAAAUGCAAGCAACACUACGAUUUGGACAUGCUGAAACUUUAAUCCCACUUGUUAGCUUGCUUGAAUUUUAUCAAGAGGAUAGGCAUCUGAAGGCACACAAUUUUGAUGCACAUAAAAAUAGAACAUUCAGAACAGGCAAAAUCAGCCCGUUUUCUGGAAAUUUGGCGAUUGUUUUGUAUGAAUCUGUACAAGACAAAAAUGUGUUUAUCUCGUUUACGCUGAAUGAAAAUAUAAUUAGGCCAUUUGGGUUGGAUUGUUAUUUUUGUGACUUUAACAAAGACUCCGUUGUAUACAAAAAGCUUCAUGAAAAACUUGAAGAUUGUCAUAAAGUAUGUGAUUUGGAGCAUGAAAGGUAUAUAAAAAGCAAUAUAAAGGAAGAAUUGUAGCUUGAAUUACUAAACAAAAAGCCUCAUACAUGAUUUUUCCACAGUAUAGAAGAUAUAUGCAAUUUUACUGUGUGUAAUAUCAAUACUAUUGAAAGUGAACUUCAUUGAAUUUUAUUCACUGUAUUUAUAGAUUUUAUCGUUGAAUGGAAAUUGUUGUUUCAUUCUAGAAUAAUAUAAGUUUUGCACUAUAUUUUUGUGUUAUUGUUUAUGUAGAGAAUUUGUGCUCUCUUAUACACACUGGAAAAUAAAUAAAGAAUUUUGAUGAAA